AUGAAUGGUAAGGGUAAGGGUAAGGGUAAGGGUAAGGGUAAGGGUAAGGGUAAGGGUAAGGGUAAGGGUAAGGGUAAGGGUAAGGGUAAGGGUAAGGGUAAGGGUAGGGUAAGGGUAAGGGUAAGG